AUGUCUGGUCUUCGCGGCCCUCCCCGCAAGGGAGAGAACUUCGAGCUCAGCGCGGACCUCAAUAGUGAGUACCGGGAAAAGCGCAAGGAUGCGAUCAAGAAAGUCAUUGCUAACAUGACUGUGCAGAAGGAUGUCAGCGGAUUGUUCCCGGACGUACUCAAGAACAUGCAAACCGAUGACUUGGAGCAGAAGAAGCUCGUAUAUCUGUAUCUCAUGAACUAUGCCAAGACACAGCCAGAGCUCGUUAUUCUUGCCGUCAACACGUUCGUGAAGGACACCGACGACCCGAACCCACUCGUUCGCGCGCUCGCGAUCCGGACCAUGGGCUGCCUGCGCGCGGAGAAGAUCAUAGACUACUUGUGCGACCCUCUGCAGAAAUGUUUACGGGACGACAACCCAUAUGUGCGCAAGACAGCAGCAUUAUGCGUCGCGAAGCUGUACGAUCUCAAGCCCGAGCUGGUGAUCGAGAACGGGUUCCUGGAGACACUGCAGGAGAUGAUCGCGGAUAGCAAUCCCAUGGUUGUCUCCAACACCGUUGCUGCAUUAAGCGAUAUCCACACCGCGGCAGUAGCUGCAGGCACGACUUCAGAUCACUUCCACAUCACGUCCGUCAUCCUGAACAAACUCCUCGUUGCUCUCAACGAGUGUUCGGAAUGGGGGCGUGUGGCCAUUCUGAACGCGCUGGCGCGUUACGAAACCCAAGACGCACAAGAGAGUGAGCACAUCUGCGAGCGUGUCGUGCCGCAAUUCCAGCAUGCGAAUGCGAGUGUUGUCCUCGCGGCGGUGAAGGUCAUCAUGAUCCACAUGCGCAGCGUACGCCAAGACAACCUUACAAAGACGUUCAUCCGCAAGAUGGCGCCGCCGCUCGUCACGUUGCUCUCGAACCCCCCGGAGGUGCAAUGGGUUGCGUUGCGCAAUAUCAAUCUUCUGCUGCAGAAGCGGCCAGACCUGCUGUCGAACGAGAUGCGUGUGUUCUUCUGCAAGUACAACGACCCGCUGUACGUCAAGGUCGAGAAGCUCGACAUCAUGGUGCGCCUUGCGGGCGAGAGCAACGUCGAUGCGCUUCUGAGCGAGCUGAAGGAGUAUGCGUCGGAAGUUGAUGUCGACUUUGUGCGGCGAAGCAUCAAGGCGAUUGGCCAGACAGCUAUCAAGAUUGAUGAGGCUGCAGAACGAUGCGUGAACGUGCUACUUGAGCUCAUUGGCACGCGAGUAAGUUACGUGGUGCAAGAAGCCGUCGUGGACAUCUUCCGAAAAUACCCAUCCACAUACGAAGGUGUCAUCCCCACACUGUGCGCGAAUCUCGACGAGCUGGAUGAGCCAGAGGCCAAGGCCUCGCUCAUAUGGAUCAUUGGAGAGUAUGCGAAUAAGAUCGACAACGCAGACGAAUUGCUCGCCAUUUUCGUUGACACAUUCACAGAAGAGUCAUAUCCUGUGCAAUUGCAAACGUUGACGGCGGUUGUGAAGUUGUUCCUGCAAAAGCCCGACUCCUCGCAGGGCCUCGUCCAAAGAGUACUCAACACUGCAACAAAAGAUUGCGACUCACCGGAUGUCCGGGAUCGCGCUUACAUUUACUGGCGAUUGCUAUCAACGGACCCAGGAGCCGCCAAGGCCGUGGUGCUUUCGCAGCGGCCGCCAAUUUCGUUGCCUAGGACGACAGUCUCGCCCCAAUUGCUUGAGGAGCUACUAGGGGAGGUCUCGAGUCUGGCAAGUGUGUAUCACAAGCCAGCAGAGACGUUCGUCGGACCGGGGCGUAUCGGGAUCGACUCAUUGCAACGAAAAGCGUCAGAAAUCGCGGACGAGCGCGUUGCAGCACAAAAGGCGCUGCAGACCGUCGCUCAAGGACAACAAGCUGAGAAUUUACUCGACUUCGCGGACGACGGAGCGGAAGGGGGGCAGCAGCCGUCCGGCCUAGCUGCGACGACUGUCCUCGCGCAGACGCCAGCUGCAGCCAAUAUCCUAGCAGGCACUUCCAGCAAUCCGCUCGACGAUCUUGUAUCGAUCUUUGGCAGCGCCAACAUGAGCGUUCCAACUGUGCAGCCAGGCCAGAGCGCGAAUCCGCUGGCCGGCUUCUCGUUCAACACGGCGGCUUCCCCCAUGCCGCCUGCGACGCCAUCGGUGCUCCAGGCAGCUUCGCCACCUACGCAGCAAUCACAGCAAGAAGACCUGCUGGGCUUGUUCUGA